CUGCUAGUCACGAUUUGGGAUUAGCUACUCGGUAGUUAUUUACAGAAUCCGCAAUACAAUCUAUGAAUUGGACAGCGGACUUAUGGGGAGGUAAUGAACUAAAAAAAUGUCAUAUGGUUGUUAGUGUCCCCGAGUUGUGCUGCUCAGGGGUUGAGUUAGUGAUAGUUAUACACAUGUAUGCCAUGAUAUGCUAUGCACAUUGUAUGCUGUGCUGAGCAAGUCAUCGAGGUUGGUUUAUACAACCCUCCUAUACAUUGCCUGCCGCCAACCUCAUCUCCGAGCAAACCUGUUGA